UAAAAUCCAUGUAUAUGUUUUAGUUGUUUUCUAUGUUGGUAUUUUUCUUUUAUAUGUGAACAAUACUAGUAUGAUCAGUCCUGUUUUCUAGUAUUUUAUAGGAUUAAUUAGAUUGAGAGUUCGAAUCUCGUUACGGAGCCCUGCUUGCCAGAAGAUGAUUGAGCUUGCCUGUUCUGUGUACUCUGUUUGGUUUACCUCCUGGUUUGUAUUGUUGCUGCUGUUGUCUUGUUUAGUCGCUAAGUCAUGUCCUGCUCUUGUGAUUCGAUGGACUGUAGCCUGCCAUGUUCCUCCUUGUGUGUUCACCCAGAAAAGUUGUUACUCAUCCUUUAUUUCCUACUGGCAGCACCACUGGGCCAAAUGCUGACUCAUGGUACAAGUCAUUGAUAAGAAUUAUAUCCUUAAAACAGUGUUCAUUGCAUGGGCAAAAGGGUCAAGUACCUGCCUCUGGCUUUUGCCACACUGUCAGAAAAAUUGCCUUCCUGGGAAUCCUCUGGUGGUCCAGUGAUUAGGACUCCACGCUUUCACUGCUGAGUCUGAGUUCGAUCCCUGGUUGGGGAAUUAGGAACCUGGAAGCAGCCUGGCAUGGCUGGGAAAAAUAUUUUAAAACAUAAAACAACCAUGCUUUUAAAAAUAUGUAUCUUCCGCACAGCAGCCUUCCUAAUUCUAAAUCCUCCCCUUUCUGACAUCUUUGAAUUAACCGACGGAAGAACUGGGGAAACUAAUACCGUUUGCUAAAUAGGCUUGUAUGGGGUGACCCAUAAGUCAGAAAUCUUGCAGUAGCUACAUAAAUGGAGAUCUUGUAAGCGAACUAGCUGUCUUAUUCCUUCCUGUGAUGGUGGAAUGAAGAAUAUGGUAAUUCAGAGGAGAUCAUGGACAUAAAAACACUAUUAACCUUUAAAGUUAGCCUCACAAAAUGAGACUUCAUUAUUACAUGAUCCUAGGACUGAGAGCUCAAACACCUCAUUAUUUGAAUAUUCCCCAUUUUAUUAAUAUUUCCAAGUGGAGACAUCACCCUGCCCAUCCAUAAGUAACUUUUAGGCUUGUCCUGUCAAUGUACUUUGGGCAGCCCCUAGAACAAUAAGGCAAUCUUUUUGCCAAAGGAUGCUAGCUCCACCAUUUAUUAGUCCUCUAAUUUGAAAAAUGGGGUCAGUAAUAGAUCCAGUAUCACUGAAGUGCCAUGAAAUCCACGAAGUUUUUAGCCUUUUGAGAGCGCGAUCUGCACCAGAGCCUAAGGAGCUCCGGCCUAAGCCCCGCCUCCUGCCGUCUUCUUGCCGCGCAAGCGCAGCCAGGCUCCCUGGGCUACUCUUCCCCAGGCUUGCGUGCUGGUCCUCGGCGGGAGAUUGGGUCUCGCGUCGUGCGUGUGCGUGCGCGGUACUGGCGGGCUCGCGCACGCCGCACCUCUCUCUACGGGGCUGUGGCGGCCUCUUCCUCCUGCGUCCGGGGCAGAUCUGUGAGCGGUGGCUGCGGUGGGAGCUGGAAACCAGCGUCCACUUCGCCGCCAGCGCCCUCCCUGCUUUUCCGUCCGUCUCGGGCUCUCAGCGCAGUAUAGAGGCGUCGGGCUGGGAAAGGAGCGGCGCCAGCGUGAGGUUUCCAGCCGAUGGGCAGCCCCUGGGCACGCUGAGGGGCCGGGCUAGUAGCGGCUGAGAAAAUGAUGCAUCCUGUCGCCAGCAGUAAUCCAGCUUUUUGUGGGCCUGGCAAACCUUCCUGCCUCAAUGAAGAUGCCAUGAGAGCUGCUGAUCAGUUUGACAUAUAUUCCUCCCAGCAAAAUAAAUACAGCCACACAGUCAGCCACAAACCAAUGGUUUGUCAGAGGCAAGACCCAUUAAAUGAAACACACUUGCAGACUGCAGGUGGCAGAAGCAUAGAGAUAAAAGAUGAACUAAAGAAAAAGAAAAAUCUCAACCGAUCUGGUAAGCGUGGCCGGCCUUCAGGAACCACCAAAUCAGCAGGAUACCGGACCAGCACAGGCAGACCCCUGGGAACCACCAAAGCGGCUGGAUUUAAAACAAGUCCAGGCAGACCUUUGGGUACAACUAAAGCUGCAGGAUACAAAGUCAGCCCAGGGAGACCUCCAGGUAGCAUUAAAGCUCUAUCCCGUCUUGCCGAUCUUGGCUAUGGCUGUGGGACUGCUGCUUUUCCUUACCCUAUGAUACAUGGUAGAGCUGUUCAUGGGGUGGAGGAAACCAGCAGCGAAAUCAAGCCACCCAAUGAGUGAAUGAGGCAGGAAAGGAGGGCCAGGUUUAGAAGGAAGAUUGUAGAUAAUCCCAAAGCUUCUUGGUUUUAUUUUGACAUACAUGAUAUGGCCUGGGCUUUCCAAAUUUGUUUUCCCAUUUGAUUUUUUUUUUUUUUUCCUGCUUUUGCUCAGAAACUGUCAUAUGCUGACGGAUGCACUCAAGGCAUAAGCAGUGGCUUUGUAUUUGUACAUAGGUUCAAGUGUAACACCUAUCUAAAUCAUUUUUGCUUUUGCUUUAGAGUUAUGGUUGUAUCUCAUUUCAUUACUAUUUUUUUGUCAUUCUAAAUGCUUUAUGUGCUACAUAAUUGAAACCAUUAUACCUAUUAGUUUGUGAAGUUAGCUUACAAUAUAAUAAAGGUAAUAUCUAAGGUAUUUUUAACUGAUGGAACAAAGCAAACUAAUGAUUCAGGAUUACUUGAGGUAGUGGCUGGAGGGUAUUUUUUGGUAACAUUUGUGUUCAUGAGACAGGACACAGAUAUAUGCUUUGGCAUUUACAUAGACUUCAUAUGUUAAAAAUCUUAUUUUUAAUGUUCUAGGUUUAAACAGUUUCUUAUUUAUUGAUCUACAUGGCAUUAAUUGAUUUAACCAUUAUUCCUUUAAAAGUUCUUUAGCAUUUGCCUUUCAGCCAUGUUUAGGUUGUGUAUUUUUUAAUUGCCUAAGAGCAUGUAUACCAAACACUACAAACAAUUCAUAUUUACAAAAAAAUUAAACUUUUUAAUAAAAACUGCACAUUACAUUUUUGGUGAAAUAUAAUGCAUUCUGAGAAUAGCAUAUUUAAUAUAAUAGAAAAAGAAAUAUACUUAAGGUCUGCAUGUUGCUAUAGUUAAUACAUUUUGCCUUUUAUAUACUUAGUUAUAAAGCAUUAUGCUUAAAACACUGUUUAAUAAUGUUCAUUUGUUAAAAAAUAUUUUUUAAUUGUUUCUGAUAAAUUGUCCCAUUGCAUUAGCACUUACUGUGGUUUCAGGUCUGUAUCUACCAAAGGACAAAGAUUGAAUGGUAGACUGUAAAACUGGUACAAACAAGAUGCAGUUUUCUGACUGUCAGAACCCAAAUAUUAAGAAAUAGGAAUCUGUCUAUGCAUGAAACAUGUAAGAAAUAUGUUGAUUAGUUUAAUUAAAAAUCUCAUCGUAGCUCUAAUGAGACCACUUCAUCCAAAAUAAAUUUUUUCCAACAGAUUUUGCUUUAGAAGCAAGAUAGGAAAGAAAAAAAACAUUGGGCAGACAUGUAUAGAAGGGACAGAGGGAUAUCUCUAGUCCCUCUUUUUGAAAGCAGUCUUUGUUAAUAUACAUUUUUAUUUAUUCUGAGUUUGAUCUAAAUAAAACAGAUUAUUAUAAACUUUGGAUUUGAAAAAAAAAAUUCCACUGAAUUUUAAAGUUACUGUGUAUGUAUUUGUGAGCUUAAAUGCCUUUGAAAUUAUAAUGUAGGUUUGCAGGACCCCCAGAUUUUUAAUCUUUGAAAAUUAAAAUUUUCAAAGGGCGCAUAUUAUGUUGCUUGGGUUUGCUCUCAGUUAAUGCAAACUCUGGUUGCAAAUGGAUGUCAUGUUUCAUAACUUUUUUAUCAGGAAAAAAGCAGCAAGCCUUCAGGUGUUCCAGUGAUGCCUGACACAAAGAGCUGGACUUUAUGCUGCUCUUUACAGUAAGAGGUGUUGCAUUUUAUGUGGGGACUGUGUGCGCACUGGCUUCUAAGACAGUGACCUCAACAAUUUUAGCUUUGCACAAACCAUAGAGAGCAAUGUUGGAUGACUACAUAAUUAGUUGUAACAUUCUGGCAGCUAAAUUGCUAUAACAGUUUCUUCUUGCAGAAGCUUAAAAUACAAAACUUUUAAUAUAAAUCUACUUAGAACAGUAUAACUUCUGACACACACAGAUGCUUACAUCUCUAUUCAUGUGUUCAUCCAUCCACUUUUAUCAUGUAUUUGUCAUUCAGUUGUUUCUGAAGAUGAUGUUUAGCAGUUGGCUGCUUAGAAGUCCUCGUUUGAAUUCCUGAAAGCAGUUGUUUAAUUUCAUGUUCUCCCACAGAAUUAUAUAUAUCAUAGUCAAGGGUUUGGUUGUGAUUGUGUUUCAUAGUGUGCCCAUUUGAUGUUUCCCUUUCAGUUUUGUUUUCUUUCCUGAUUUUGUUAAACAUGCCCUUUCUCGCUGCAUUUUCCUACACUCGUUCCCCUCCCGUUUCUCCAUCCUCCAGCACAUCUACUCAGUGGUGCUGUGCUGUGUGUCAGAAGAUAAAGCAGAUGUAUUAUUGUAUGAUGAAUCUUAUAUACAAGUUAAUGAAAUGGUGAGAUCAACUAAAGGAAGUUAUGUCCAUAACAGUGUUUUAUUAAUAUCAGGAGCUGUGUUCCAGGAAAAAAAGUGAUUGGAUAACCCCAUUUAGAAAGCUGAAUUUUCUGUUUUAUGAGAAGUUACCUGGAGUAUUAGAUCUGUAUACUGAGGAGCAUCUUCUUAUUCUAUUUCCUUUUCUCCUUGUGAACAGUUUAUUGGUGCCAUGUUGAAGAGAAAGACAUCUAAGUGAUAACAUGAAUAAAGUCUUAACAUAGAAAAUAUUUUUACUUCUCUACAAAGACUAUGUUGUGCAUCUUUUGUAACACUGUCUCUUGUCAUGAUAAACACUGAAAUAGCAUGUUAAACAAUUCCUUAUACUUUAAUGUAAUCAUUUGGGGAAAACUGGCUUUUCCCCCUCACUGUAUACUUGUUCCUUGAAAGGUAAAUUGCUAAUUUUAUAUUGUGUAAUUCUGUUCUUCACAAAAUAGGCUUCACUAUUCUAUAUUUAAACUGUUGGUCAGAAAAUGAUCUGCUAUUCAAGUAAGUUUGCUUUACUUUUUUCUUUAAAAAAUAUUUUAACAUGCCUUAUUUAUUCUUAUAUCAACAUAUUAGGAGCUAAUACAGAUGAAAUUUUCAUUUUUUGACAGAUAUAACUUUGCAUAACUAAUCUUUAGUGUGGGAUGAUUUUGAUACUAUCUUUGGAGUUUUGCACUGGAUAUUAAAAAAAAUUAGCACAUUGUAUUGGAAAAAAAUAGGUAUCUGGUUAAUUUUAAAUAUUUGGAGAUGUUUUAAAAAUCAGUGUUUCAGUUAUACUAAAAACUUCUUUAUAUUUUUUAUUUACUUUUUAAAAGAAGCAUCUGUUAAGGUAGUAAAGGUAAUAUUAAUUCCAAACUGAUGUUUGUGUGAAUUUACAUGUAUUUUUUCAUGAAAUAAGUAACUUUUUUUUAAAUUAAGGAGCAAAAGGAAUCAUCUGGGUCCAUUUAUUAGGUUAAAGGUGACUCAUACAAUGUAGGAAAAGCCAAUAUAUGAGCUAAAUGAAAAAAAAAAAAACAACCAACUUUUAUAUUCUAAGAAGCUUUAAAAGAACAAUUCAGGGGAUGUUGACAAUAACUGCUACUCUCAGUCAUGGUCUAUAUAUGCAGUAAAAUUUUAUGAUCCCUAUAUAGUAAAACAUAAAAAUUCACAACAGUUGUUUGAAACAUUUUUCCCCUUUGACAUAAUAUGUUUUGAUGCUAUUAUGGUUUUCUCUUUAUUAUAUCUUAACUAUAUGCUGUUAAACUCUAGGAUGUAUCUAAAUCUUUCCUUUGCUUUUUCCCCUUACUCCCCCCAAGUAGAUAAAUCUGUUCUCUCACAUAUAAUGUAUUUAAUUUUGGAAAAUUUAAUGCUACAGUAAAUCAAGUAUGUGAUUUAUAGUAAUCAGACCACUUUGAUUCUUUUAGUUUCAGUUUCAUUUUUCCACAGAUAAUUAUGGAGAAAAUAAUUACCAAUUAACUGAUAUAAGCACGCUGUCCUCUGCUGUAAAAAGUCUGAAUAGAUACUGUGUAUGUUUUUAUGUCCAUGAACUUGAGCUACUCGUGUGCAAUUAUGUGUAUGGGAAUGGAGUAGUGUUCAUGAUUUGUAUCUACAUCAUCAUAUGGAUGUAUAUUUAUUAAUAAAGUCAUUACUUCGAAACCAA